AUGAACCGAUUGGGCAGCUGUAUCAGUCCCGGUGGUCUGGCAAAAGAUGAUAUUUCCAUCCGGAUUGGGAAGGCCAGAGCAGCUUUUGCGAACCUACGUCACCUGUGGCGUAGGCGUGACAUCAGCCUCUCUGUCAAGGGUCGAGUUUACAAUGCUGCGGUGCGCUCCAUAUUACUAUAUGGAUCAGAAACCUGGCUGCUGCGCGCCGAGAACGUCAAAAUACUUUCAGUGUUUGACCAUCGAUGUCUUCGGAACAUUGCCCGAAUCUGGUGGGAACACCGGAUCAGCAAUUCUGAAGUUGGCGGAUUAUUAUCAGCCCGAUUGAGCAUGGCGGACAAGAUCCCUCAAAUUUCUCUAUCGGUUGACACACCGGAAGGACCCAUGACUGACGAACGUCCGAAAGUUUCAGCGCAACGCCCUCUAGGCAUCGGACGAUGGUUGACAAUGACGCAGACUGCAGCGUAUCGACAAUUGGUUCCAGGCAACGACACCAUUACAGACCAUGAAUUGUUUCUCCACAGAAGCCCAGAAGACAUGUGGAUGGCGCUCCCACAACACGGUAAACUUUGCGUCUUCGAUGUAACCGAGUUUGCCCGAUACCACCCCGGAGGAAUCGACGUGUUGUUACAGAAUGCAGGAACUGAUGCAACAGAAGCCUACAGAAUGGCUCACUCGUACGUCAAUGUGAACAUCAUUGAAAAGUGCCGACGGGGUUUCUUACGCAGAAGCCAAAUUGGUCAAGCUCGGUUCCCCAACCAACUACUACCGUCAAUGAUUCCUUCGCGGGCUCCGAAUCCGCUGCCGAAGAAGCCUAAGUGGGAUUGGACCUUCACAGACCAGAUGAAUGUGAGUGUGACCAUUGAAUUUCCGGAAUUCCAAACCGCUUUUGAUUCCUUGUCUUGGGUAGACAACCUACGUGCAUUGGCCGUGUGGGUUCCACCCCCUGAAGAUUCAUCUCGCGGAACAUUGAUCAUUCGCACCCUUUUAGAUGACGGAACCUAUCAUCGAAUCGCUCUACGUCUUUUGCCGUCACUUUCACCCCGCUUAUCUUCCCUUCGUUUGACCAAAAGCACCUCCCAUUCGGCGCCUGAUGUGACAGGCUCGGUUCUAAGCACUGAUCGAUUCAGACUGUCCUUGGACAUUGUUCACAUUCAGCCAAAGUCACCAUCACUCACUUCCAUAGGAUCCGUGGUGUCGGAUACGAUCAGCUCCUUUCCGGACGCUGAUUCAGACGAAUCAUUUUUCACCUGCCGUGUGAAAGAAUGUGAGCGCGUAGCUAAUUCUCCAUACCGACUGGUCCGGUUGUGUUGGGCAUCGGAUACCGCUUGGAUACCCGUUCCACUGGGCCAUCACGUGAUGUUACGGAUCAAGGAUCAAGAUGGGAACUUGAUCUCACGGCCGUACACGCCUGUGACGGAUAAUCUUACCUUCAGUGAUUGUCAACCUCCAUCGGAUCCUAUUUCAGCAACCAUGUUGUGCCUACUAAUAAAAAUCUAUCCUCAUGGCCAGAUGUCCCAGUUGAUUGACAAGCUGAAACCUGGCGAUGAUGUUGAAAUCAGUUAUCCUGUGGGAUCUGUGUCGCCGAACUUCCUAACUCGAAUACCCGCACCAACUUCCCUCUCCACUCGCCCCCAACAGGAUCUGAUCGCUGUGUUUAUGCUCGCUGCUGGAAGCGGAAUCACUCCAAUGGUACGAUCACUUGAACUAUUACUGGCCUGUGAAAACUGUCCGUUCAGCAACUCCACGCCGACGGUUCAUUUGAUCUGUUUUGACCGAACACCUGCCAAUCAAGUGCUAGUUAGUGAACUAGAUUGUUCUCCGAUGGAGUUGGGUGAAAAUUGCGUUACGGGGACCAUUUCCGAUCCAAUUUGCAGGCGCGGCCUGUUGACUCUGCAGUUCAAGGAUAAAGAGCCAUCCGCGUUGAGAGUUCAAACGCUGUGGCUGAUUUGCGGUCCCCUAGGUUUCAAUAACGCAGCGAUAGGAAUCGCGAAACAGUGGGGAGUGCCAAGUCAACACAUCAUCCAGUUUAAAGGCUGAAUGAAUCAACCGAGUAAUGUUGCUAAUAGAUCUUCAACACAGUUUCUUCAUUUAUGUACAUGAACAAACCGA